GGAUAUUUUAGUGCUGAGUUAGUAGGAAUGAGCAGCCACUUCCAGCUGUGAAUUCUUCCUCCUCUAAGCUUCACUUCUGGCUAUUCUGAACCAUGACCAGCACCCCUACAUUGAGUUUGCAAAGGUGAAAGGGUGGUGGACUGUUUCCUUCUCUUACUCUCUCCCUUCUGUAAGAUUCUGCUUCUCCCUUUCUCCUAUCAAUCUCCAUCCACACCACACUGAUGGAGUCGCUUCCGACUUGACAGAGGAUGGUGGCUUUCUUCAUCCUGAGCUACAUCCGGAGAGCUGCACUGUGUUGCUAUAGACCACAGACAGUAUAACUACGGGAAUAUGAAGAUAGAUUUUCUUUGAGGUCAUGCUGAUGAAAUAUGGAGUCCUCUUUGCUAACUUCACCGGAAUCAGAGAAAAGCUGCUUCACUAAAGAAACAAAGGAAACAAGUGGCCAGAGGAACCCUGCAGAUGCCAGCUCUGUACCUUGAAUCUUCUCUGUUUUCAGCCCAACAGGACUAAUGACUCACAUGUUAACGACAGUGGUCUAUUCAUCAUAGAUUUUUAGCAGUUAAAGUUAUUUUUAUCAGUGUGUCCAACUUACAGAUUUUAAGAAUUAUUAAACCUGGAAGGCCUUAUUUAAAAUCGGUUGCUUCUUAGCUCUCAACAAUUGAACAUUUACUUGCUUUUACAUAUGAAAGUCCUCAGAACUGUAGCCCAUCAGGAACAAGAUGGACUUGGAAGCAUACAGCUUUAUUGUGGACUGCAGUGGAAUUAAGUGGCCAGCUCGACAUCACCCAUUUUCUUUUCCAGAAUACCACAUAAGCUAAGCAUAUUACUUAACUUUAAUGCAAAAGAAGUGGCUUGAAAAUGGCCUGGGUAAAAUUUUUACGGAAGCCUAGCGGCAAUCUUGGCAAAGCUUAUCAAGCUGGAAGUCUGCUGUCCCUAGCCCCCACUGUGGGCUUGUUAAAUGAGCCAGGGCAGAACAGCUGCUUUCUUAACAGUGCUGUACAGGUUUUAUGGCAAUUAGAUAUAUUCCGAAGAAGCUUGAGAGUUCUGACUGGACACAUAUGCCAGGGAGAUGCCUGUAUAUUUUGUGCAUUGAAGACAAUAUUUGCACAAUUUCAACACAGUCGAGAAAAAGCACUUCCCUCAGAUAACAUAAGGCAUGCUCUUGCAGAAAGCUUCAAAGAUGAGCAGAGAUUUCAGCUUGGCCUCAUGGAUGAUGCUGCCGAGUGCUUUGAAAAUAUAUUGGCGAGAAUUCAUUUUCACCUGGUGCCAAACAGAGACGCAGACAUGUGCACCUCUAAAUCUUGCGUGACUCAUCAGAAGUUUGCCAUGACUCUGUAUGAGCAGUGUGUGUGCCGGAGCUGUGGAGCUUCCUCAGACCCUCUGCCCUUUACCGAACUCGUGAGGUACAUUUCUACAACAGCCCUGUGCAAUGAAGUUGAAAGAAUGAUGGAAAGGCAUGAGCGAGUUAAACCAGAGAUGUUUGCGGAACUGUUGCAAGCUGCAAACACAGCAGAUGACUAUCGGAAGUGUCCUAGUAACUGUGGCCAAAAAAUAAAAAUCCGCCGUGUUUUAAUGAAUUGCCCAGAGAUUGUUACAAUUGGAUUAGUGUGGGACUCCGAGCACUCAGACUUGACUGAAGAUGUUGUUCGAAGUCUAGCCACGCAUCUCUACCUUCCUGGGGUAUCACAGUUGCUUUCAAAUCUUUUUUAUAGGGUCACUGAUGAAAAUGCCACAGACAGCGAGCUGCACCUUGUGGGUAUGAUCUGUUACACCAGUCGACACUACUGUGCCUUUGCUUUUCACACCAAGAGCUCCAAGUGGGUGUUUUUUGAUGAUGCACACGUGAAGGAGAUGGGAACCAGAUGGAAAGAUGUGGUCUCCAAGUGCAUCCGAUGCCACUUACAGCCCCUUUUGCUGUUUUAUGCAAACCCAGACGGUACAGCGGUCUCUACUGAGGACGCACUCAGGCAGGUUGUCCACUGGUCACAUUACAGAUCGGUUGAAGAAAACAUGGGAUGUGGAAAGCCUAUCAUUUAUAAACCAGAUAAUUCAAAGGAAAAUGGAUUUGGUGGUCAGACGAAACAGAAAGAAAAUCACAAAUUUCAAACUGAUAUUUCCUCGCUUAAUCGGAGCCAAAUGCAGACAAGUGGAAGGAGAGCACCAGUUAAGUUAAGCCAUGAUCAAAGAGAAAAGAUAAAAGACAUUUCCAGAGAAUGUGCUCUGAAAGCCAUUGAACAGAAAAAUGCACUUUCUUCUCAACGGAAAGAUUUAGAAAAGGGACAGAGGAAAGAUACAGGCCGACACAGGGAUUUGGUUGAUGAAGACUUGGCAUCUUUCAAGUCUGGAUCCCCUCCUGCCUCGGAUGGCUUUAGACAACAAGGGAAUCCCCAUCUCUACCACAGCCAAGGCAAAGGACCUUGUAAACAUGACCGAGCUACCCAUGAGAGCUACACCUCUGGAAAAGUGAUAGGUUCAAGCAAAUCCCAGAAUCUUCUUGUUCCUGGAGAGAAAACAGCGGGCAAAGCUAAGAGUGACAGUGGCACUGGCUAUGAAACAGACAGCAGCCAAGAUUCAAGGGACAAAGGAGGCAGCUGCAGUAGUAAGACUAAAAGCCGCCACCGUGGCUGGAAACCCAUGAGAGAAACCCUAAACGUCGAUAGUGUUUUUAGUGAGAGUGAGAAGAGGCAGCACAGUCCGAGGCAGAAGUCGGAUAUAGGUAGCAGGCCUAGGUGUAGCAAGGAUCAGAGUUUUAAUAACUGGCCAAAGGCAAACCCAAAGCAAAAAGGCUUAAUGACCAUAUAUGAAGAUGAAAUGAAGCAAGAGGCAGGAAGCAGAAGUUCCCUUGAAACUAAUGGAAAAGGAGCAGAGAAAAAUCUAAGUGCUGCUGAGAGCAGAGGUCCUGGUACCAGCUGGCAGAUGCAAAGGACAGAGUCUGGGUAUGAGAGCAGCGAUCAUGUCAGCAACGGAUCUGCCAGCUUGGACUCUCCUGGUGUGGAGGGAAGUGGGGCAGUUGUGGAUGUCGGUGGUGGGAAAGCCUUCAGUGAACAUAUUAAGAUGAACAGCCAAAAUAUGGACAGUAUGGAGUAUAUAUCUCAUCAGAGCAAAGACCACCCAGAAGGCUUUAGAAAAGAACUCCAGGACUUGGAAGCAGAUGAUAAAAUUCAUGAGCUCCACCCAGAAUCACAUGUGCAAAUAAAAAGCCAUUUGAUAAAAAGGUCACAGAUUGGUGAAACCAAUGACAAGUUGUUUCCUUCAGCCAGCCCACAAAUACUUGCAAGAGAGCAUGUUUACCAGACAAAUGAACACAAAGUAGAAAGACCAGAGAGGCGCGAUACAGAAAACUCUGAGGGGACAGGCUUGCCAUUUCACAGUGACGAGAGUUCUGUGGCUGGGAAGAGAGUCAACAGUAACGAAACAGUCUCGCCACCUUCACUGCCUUCAUCUGUGAGAACUACUGGGCUAAAGCCCGAAACUGGACCCCUCAUGUUUUGGUCACAGCAAAACAUCACAGAACAGGGUUAUUCUGACAACUCCCUGUCCAGAGAACUUACACUUCUGUCUGCCUGCAAUGCUGAUAGUUGUCAGAUGCCAAAACUCCACUGCCACCGCUCACCACCCCCUUUGCCACCAAAGAAAUACUCUACAACCAGUGCACCAAGGUUAGAGAGAGCUGGACUUAACCCUGAUGGCAGGGUUACCGAGGCAUUUAACACUAAUUCCUCCAGUCUUCCAAAACACAGCUCGAGUCCAGCCUCAGGAGCAAAUUUAGAAGGGAGUGCAUGCAUGACCCAGGAAAGAGAUAAAGAAACUAUUGAAGGGAAGCAACGUGCUGCCAACAGCUGCCCGUACAGUCGUUCAACUAACGAUUUUCAGCCAGAUCAAGACUCUACUUCUAUGUGUCCAAAUGAAACAGUUUCAUUAACUACCUAUUUCUCAGUUGAUAGCUGCAUGACUGACACCUACAGAUUGAAAUACCAUCAAAGACCUAAGCUCUAUUUUCCAGAGAGCAGUGGCCAUCGGAGUAAUAAUCCACUAUCUCAAACUGAGCAAGUAGAGGGAUCCAUUACAUAAUGGUCAUCUUUCGUCAGCUGUCCUUCUGAACAAAGACCUUUAUCCAUGUAAGAUAAAUGAACCAGCCGUUAAAAUUACCAACUGAUAAAAUCUAACUGUAUAAAAUAAAAAUCAGGAUAACAUGUUUUAUGAUAAACUUACUAAAUAUUUUAGAAAUUUCCUUUGUGUGAUCUUGGCGUGCCUUGAAAAAUAAGGAUGUAUAUAAUUACUUUGUUAUAUAACAGUUAAGUAAGCACCGUGUCUCCUACUAUUUGGUUAGUAAAUGUGUAACUAUUAUACUUCCAGUAUUCAUAUGUAGGCUGGUGUAUUUUACUAAUUAAGAAAUACAAAGUGUCUGGGAAAGCAAUAUUUGCUUUUGCAGAGCACUUUCUAGUGGGUAACCAAAGAUGGCUAUACCCACAUGCUUUUGACUUCUGUGAUAGUCUAAUACAUGUGAUCCUUCAAGUGUCUUAAAAAUGCCCAUGGAUUUACGUGAUCAUCUGGAAAGCAUUUGCCUUAAUGAUGAACAAUUUUUAAUAAUCUCAAAGUCAUAUAAAAUUUACUUUAUUCCUAGAACUUUUCAGAAUAUCUAUUUAUCUUUAUAACUUGUAUCUAAAAAUAUUUCAGUCAUGUAAGUUAAAAAUAAAAAUUUGGUAGUAUAUUAUUUAUUAAAUUAUUUUCUAGUUUUAUAUGAAAUGUGAAAGGUCUUCCCUUUGGUUUAAUUUACUUUAGGCUGCUAAUAACCAAUGUUACAAGUUAACAUUGGGCCUCUUAUUGGGAUGGUCACUGCUGCUUUGAUCACUUAAAGAUUGCUAGAUUGUCAGAGCUUUUACUAUUGAGGCUUCCAGGUUAAAUUUCUGCCUUUAUAUAAAGGUUUACUCCUAAUGAAAUGUCCUUUUAUUUAUUUUUUUCACUUAAACAGUGAUUUUAUAUCCACAACCAUCAUGGAGUAGAGUUUAUUUACUUAAUAUUUUUCAUUAUUUUGAAAGUAAGCUGAAUUGCCUUAUUAGUUUUGAUUUUAUUUUGUAACAGGCUGAAAACCUAACUAGUUUUAGAAUAGUUUCAAAAUGACUACUCCGGAGAAUUGAGAACUACAAAAUUAGUUGUCUUUAUUCUCUCUCUAAAUGGAGAAGACGCACAAUCAUUACUUUACAACUUGUAACUUGACGAGGCCCACAAAUUGGUAAAACCGAAACCCAACAUUUAAGAAAAAGUACUUUUAGCUAAACUGAACAUUGCUUAUUAAAAGUGUUGCCAAUUCUUAGCCAAACCCUGUUUUUGUUCUUUUCCAGCAUAAUUGAUGAUCAUUACUUUCUAUUCUCUUAAGGAACACUUGAAUAUAAAAUUAAAAUUCAUCCUUAAAGAUUAUUUUUAACAGCUUUUAGUACGGAGAGUUUGUAAAUAGUGUAAACUUUGUAAAUUGUAUUGCGUUAUCAGUGUUGAUAAUUCUUGCUUUUAUAACAUUGUAAAAUACUAGCAAAGAUCUUGUUAUUUUUAAUAGUUUUUAAAAGAUUUUUAAGUUUUAAAAAAAACUCCUAUUUGGUCUAUAUUCCCUGUUGGGAAUGUAUCGUUUGAAACACUAACUGAUUUCUGUAUUUUACAGCAGUUUCAUAGAUGUACCUUUUCAACUCAGUGGAGUUUGCAAAGAGAAAUGUCAUUUCUCCUUUUAAUUGAUGCACUUCUCAGUUAAAACCCUCUGCGUUAUGUAAGACUGACUGAAAUGGAAACUGAUCAUUUGUUGAUUCAGCACAGAAUAGAUUCAGUAUGUAUUGGCUAAUUAAUUAUAUGUAUUUCUUUUCUGGUGCCUAUUUUUAACCAAUGUUUCUGUGUUAAAAGCUUGUAACUUCUUAAAUAAUGUAAUCAUGUUUCAAAUAGUUAUCUUCAGAAUAUUAUAUUUUCAUGUGAAAUCAAUUUCUUUUGGCUCAAAACAAUGAGAGAAACUCAAUUUUAAGCAGUAUAGCUUGUCUUUUCUUUGCAUUUAUGAACUGUGGUCCCCCUUUCCACAUUACUCAAUUUAUGGGAAACAUUUAAAAAAAAAUUAAAGCUCACAAAUAUUAGCCUAGGAUGUUCCUAAGAUUUACAUCCCAAAGUCAGAACCACAGCUACCGGCAGCUAUUCUAUAGAGGGCAAGACGUCAAUGGUUUGACUGUGGACAGUCGAUCUCUGGAACAGUGUUAUGGGUUGAAAACAGCCAUAAGCAAGUUGUACUGGGUGUUAGGGCUCUUUUUCUUUUUCUUUCUUUUUUCUUAAUAAACAUCAAUACUAUUUAUUAUGGGGUAGGAUGUGACUGAUGAUCAAAAAAGUU